AUGCUAGGCCUCGAGGAAGGUGACGGUUUUGUGGCCAAGCUCCGCGGCCUGCCCUGGUCCUGCUCUGUGGAGGACGUGCAGAGCUUCCUCUCCGACUGCACGGUUCGUGACGCCGCGGGCGUUCAUUCCAUCUACACGAGCGAGGGCAGGCAGAGGGGCGAGGCUUUUGUUGACCUUGAAUCAGAAGAUGAUGUAAAAAUGGCCCUGAAGAAAGACAAGGAAAGCACGGGGCACCGGUACAUGGAGGUGUUCAAGUCCCACAGGACCGAGGUGGAUUGGGUGUUGAAGCACAGCGGUGCCACCAGUGCCCAUGGCUUCGUCCGUCUUCGAGGACUCCCGUUUGGACGCACAAAGGAAGAAAUUGUCCACUUCUACUCAGGGUUGGAAGUCGUGCCAAACGGGAUCACAUGGCCUGUGGACCCUGAGGGCAGGACUACAGGAGUUGGCCGAGGAGGCUCUGGGGAGGCGCAAGGCGAGGACAGGGCACGGGCGCACGCGGGCGUCCGAGAGCGGUCGGGAGGGGGUCGGGGCCCACUCGGAGCCCCUCGGAAGCGCGCGUCUGUGCGGAGGCCGGGCCGUGCCCGCGCUGGCGCGGCUGGAGACACGCCGGCAUCGUGCGGCCCGGCCUCGGGGGCGGCUGCGGCUUCACCGCCGACCUGUUCGGGGGAGCCCUCGGCUGCUGUCUCGCAGGCACGUGCGACCACAGAUACUGGGAUGGCGAGCUCGGUGCAGAGCCCCACCGGGCACUGCGGCCACAGGAGAGGACUUCCUCACAAAGCCACCGAGGGGGACAUUUACAACUUCUCUCCGCUGAGCUCGCCCGGAUGCAAGGCGGACGUGGAGUUCGCCGCUCGCGAAGAGCCUGUGGCGGCUACGUCCGGAGACGGGGCCAGCACGCAGCACGGUCACAGAGGACUCUUCCUGAUUCGACAGCCGGGCCGGCGACGGGGCCAACAGCGGCCGGGCGACGCGAGGCACGGGGUGUCGGCAGCCCAGGCCACUUGCAGCCGUCCGGAGAGUCGUCCGCGAGCGGCUGCCGCGGGGGGCUGCGGCGGUCAGAACAGCCUGGGCGGAUACGAUUAG